AUGUUCGGGUCUGAGGUGGACACCUUCGAAAUGGAGACCUUCGAGUACCCCCAGAAAUGCUCCUGGACUGUGUGGAACGUCACACUGGGUUCGAAUAUUAUCAAGCCACAGUUGCGACAAUAUUUCCGGGACACCGACGUGGUCAUCUACGUCCAUGAUUGCGAUCCGCGGUUGGAUAGCAGCUAUGAUCGGACCCCAUACCUUCAUCUGUGGGUGGAUCUAAUGCUUGAAAGACGCUGCCAAUUUCUCUAUAUUGUCCCAAACAAACAAGACUUGUUAUCGCCUGACCAGGCCCGAGACUUUGCCAUCAAUCUGCCUAAGCUCUAUGAGAAGGAACUCGCGAGAUACGACCUGGGAAUACAGUGGAGAAUAAUCGACCAGAAAAUCAGCGCGAGAACGGGGGAAGGCGUUCAGAAAAUACUUAAUGAGAUUUAUCAUGAACAUUCCAGGAGGGAGCAUCCUACAUCGAUUGGUUCUCCGUCGCCACGACUCACAAUCUCCAGUCCCUGCAUUGAGGGGCGUAUUCGACGAGGAAGUUCGAUAGAUCCUCCCGAUGCUGCGGCCUUCUGGGCGUCGCUCAUGAGUGCGGAUAUACCCUCAUGGGACCAUCACGUUCAUCUCAAAGCCGCAUAUAUUAUCGUUGUAGAGUACAUGAAGCUCAGGAAAAGUACGUUUGCGAUGGCGGAUACCUUCCUCGCCCAUCUUCGAAUAUUAAGGCUCAUCCAACCCCAAAAAUUCCCAUCUAAGGAACACCGAACCGUGACGAUAUUUUGGCUCGUUCAACUCCAAGUAGCAAUCAUAGACUACAGUCUCCACAACGACUUGGAUCGGUAUCCAUGUUGGCACGACUUUUACGACAUUAUAUUCCACCAAUCCGCACUACAGGACCCUCGUCUGUGGGAAUCGUACUAUACAGAUGGUAAUCUCUUUUGCGGUAACCGCGCGUGGAAUGACUGGGUGUCUCCCUCCCGUCAACCGCUGCCGGCUCUAGCACCACCGCUUGACCAACCUGCUAGUCUGCCACUCGUCCAUGGAGGAUCCAGUCGGCUUCCACGAUUUGCGUUUGCUCUCAUGCAAUACAUAUGUGAAUCAUCUGCAGAUGAAACAGAUAUUAUCGCCCGAGCACUGUCCACCCUGCAAACCACCACCGUCCGCAUGCGUGCCAUGGGCGCCGGGCUCCCACCAUACUCCAAAACACACGCCUGCUUUUGGAUCCACAUGGUCCGAGCCUGUCUGCUGUCGUUGGAUCCUUUGGAAUUUGGCCAAACGAUCAAUGCCUCCCAGUUGACCUUUAACGACUUUGACGGCCUUUUUCAGUUGCAGUCGACUUCAUGGGCGGAUUACUACUCCCAGGCUAAUUGGAAUGCCCUCGCAUCUCGCCUUGAAUUCCUCGCGCCGGACAAGAAGCCUUUACCGCACGUAAUUAACGUAGCCGGCUGUGCUCACCUCCAGAAGUUCCUUGGUAAAGAGCUGGAGAAUAACGACGGAGAGCAAAUCUCACAAUCUCUGGAGGAUGUCUUGUCGGCUGUUCUUACGGAGUGUGGAAAGGUCGAAAUUGAUACCCCGUCGUGCUGCGCUGGGUCGGUGGAUUGUGACUGGGGUAUUUCUACAAUUGGGUCGAAAACCACCAACUGGGAUGCUUGA